CGGGGCCUUCCUCCGAUGACGGGCUUAGAGACCUCUCCCAGAUACAGAGAGAUGGUUUCCUCAGAUGUGGAAAUGCAGAGGCCUUGGCCUUUCUCGGAUGUGGGGUGUACAACCCUUCUAGGUGUAGAAGGUGCAAGAAAUCCCUACAAGAGGUUAGGCCUCGCCCCCUCCCCACCCCAUCCCCUCUCCUGGGAAAGAUCCAGGGCCAGCUACUCCUUCGGCCCUCCUCCCGCCCGGCGCCAGCCCGAGGGCGGGCUGGUCUCCACCCCAGCGCACCACCAAUGGUGCGGGAACCGGGGCUCGGCCCGCCAAUUGAGUGGCGGCAGCGGCGCGGGGAUGGCUCCGCCCCCCGGCCGCAGGCCGCCGGCCUUCAAAGAGGCGGGGCUCUUCGCUGUUUUUGCUGGCGGCCGAGCCCAGCCGAACGUAGCCGAGCUCAGCCGAGCCCAGCCGAACGCAGCCGAGCUCAGCCGAACCCCGCGCAGCUCCCGCCGCCGCCGCCCGAGCGCUGCCGAGCGAGGGAGCAGCCGCGGCCGCGGAGGAGGUGCGGCCCCAAGGGGAGGAGGUGCCUGCUCGCCGCAGACCGCCCGCGGCAGAGGCCGCCCCGGUCGCGCCGCGGCGGGAGCGGCCGGCGGAGGCUGCGCGGCCGAGGGGGAGGGCCGGGGGAGCGGACGUCGCCUUUGCUGGUCUCCCACCUCCCGCCGCCCCCCGCCCGCAGGCUCCCGAGCCUUAGUCGGCGCCGAGCAUCCCGCUGCCCCGGACCCUCCCGCGGGCGCGCACCAGGCUCAACUCAGGCUCAGGACUGCAGGUAGACAUCUCCACUGCCCAGCAAUCACUGAACGUUCGUGCAGACAGCACAGCCUCCUCGGAAGGCCGGCCAUACCAGACUCCUGCCUCGGCAUGGGCCUCGCCAUCGAGGCAGCUCCACUGUCUGUGCUGGUCUGAGGGUGCUGCCCGUCAUGGGGGCAGCCAUCUCCCAGGGGGCCCUCAUCGCCAUCGUCUGCAACGGUCUCGUAGGCUUCUUGCUGCUGCUGCUCUGGGUCAUCCUCUGCUGGGCCUGCCAUUCUCGCUCUGCUGACGUUGACUCUCUCUCUGAAUCAAGUCCCAACUCCAGCCCUGGCCCCUGUCCUGAGAAGGCCCCACCACCCCAGAAGCCCAGCCAUGAAGGCAGCUACCUGCUGCAGCCCUGAAGGCCCCUGGCCUAUCCUGGAGCCCAGGACCUAAGUCCACCUCACCUAGAGCCUGGAAUUAGGAUCCCAGAGUUCAGCCAGCCUGGGGGCCAGAACUCAAGAGUCUGCCUGCUUGGAGCUGGACCCAGUGGCCUAGAGUCUAGCAAGCCUGGCUCCAAUAGGAGCUCAGUGGCCCUAAGGAGAUGGGCCUGGGGUGGAGGCUUAUGAGUUGGUGCUAGAGCCAGGGCCAUCUGGACUAUGCUCCAUUCCAAGGGCCAAGGGUCAGGGGCUGGGUCCACUCUUUCCCUAGGCUGGGCACCUCUAGGCCCUGUAGGUUGGGGAAGCAAACUGGAACCCAUGGCAAUAAUAGGAGGGUGUCCAGGCUGGGCCCCUCCCCUGGUCCUCCCACUGUUUGCUGGAUAAUAAAUGGAACUAUGGCUCUA